UCCAAAUCCAGAUAAUUUGUUACAAUAACAUUAAUUGCUUGGCUCUACAAGGAAAUGUUCCUCUAUAUAUUUUUUCCCCUUCUUCUUCUUUUAAUAUUGGACAGGAGUAGUUAUUAUUUUUAUUAUCUGUGGUACAGAACUACAAACUCAGAUAUUGUGGAGAACUCCGUAGUUCUCUUCUAUAUAUCAAAACAAAACAAUGUUCCAUAUGAUUAACCUUUCUCCUCUUCUUCUGCUACUCCUUUUACUUAAUCAUGAUCCGAUUCAGAUGACCAAUGCAGAAUUGGGCUGCGAUUACUCCAAUGGGAAUUGGGUAUAUGAUCCAACUUACCCACUUUACAAUUCAGCCCAAUGUCCCUUCAUCGAACAUGUCUUUAACUGUCAAAGAAACGGCCGCCGGGACCGGACCUAUCUUAAAUACCGGUGGCUACCUCUCGGCCGCUGCCGCUUAACCAGAUUCAACGGGACAGAAUUUUUGCAGAAUUUUAAAGGAAAAAGCAUAAUGUUUGUGGGAGAUUCUUUAUCUCGAGAUCAAUACCAAUCUUUGUUGUGCUUGUUGUACACUUCGUCACCCGGGAUCAAAUAUAAUGAGACAAGAGUUGGCGAUAUCUCGACAGUAACUUUUUCGGAUUUUGGAGUUAAAGUGAAGCUUGAUAGAAAUGUGUAUUUGGUGGAUUUGGUACCCAAAAAAAUCGGUAGAGUGCUAAUAUUGGACUCGGUUGCUAGGAAAUCCGCAGCAUGGCUUGCAAAUGAUGUUCUCGUUUUUAAUACCUACGCUUGGUGGAACCGUAGCGGUGCUAGUCAACCGUGGGAUUUUGUUCAGGUUGGAAGGAAGAAACUAAAAGAUAUAGACCGGACGGUAGCCUUUAAGACGGCUCUGAAUACAUGGGCCAAAUGGGUGAAUUUUAAGAUCGAUCCUGCUCAAAUUAAAGUUUUUUUUCAGACGGUUUCGCCGACACAUUAUAAGUAAGUUUUAAAUUUUGUUUGCUGAAAUGAAUCUCUGGUAGUCCUAAUUUUAACCAACAGAAUAAUUUCUAAUUUCCUUCAUCAUGUAAGGCCUAAUCAAUUAGGUUCAUUAACAUGCCUUUGAUAUGUAUAAUUAGAUUAUGUGUCAAUAAAUUACUACUGGUCUUUGACAUCGUUAAUAGUAUUGAUGGCCGUGAGUAAAUCUGUUGUUUGCAUUUUGUUGUACCGAUCCUCUACGUCAAAUAACAUUAAAUGAAUAUAUUGUCUUGAUAUAUAGUACCAUCAGUUUUCCCAAUUAACUAGCAUUAUUUUCUUGGACUAUAUAUAUCUUUUUCUUUUGACAAUUUUACAUCCAAAUUAACUUUUUAUUAGAUUCCAUCCUCUUUUUCAUUUUUAAUUCUUUUUCUUUAACCAAAAAACAGUGGAGCGGAGUGGGAUUCACCUCAAGCCAAGAGCUGCAAACGGGAAACGUCGCCGGUGCUCGGCCCGGUGUAUCCGGGGCCGCCGCCACCGGCUCUAGCCAUUCAGAAGGAAAUAAUCCGCAGCAAAAUUAAUAAUACGGCGGUGAGAUUGCUGGACAUAACCCAUCUUUCCCAGUUCCGAAAGGAUGCCCAUCCGACAAUUUAUGGAGAGUUUGGAGGAUCUGGAAUGGAUUGCCUACAUUGGUGCAUCGCAGGCGUUACGGACACUUGGAAUGAAAUUUUGUUUAAUCAUCUCUUUCAAAUGCCCCUGCAAAAUUCUCUAAUGUGAUAAUAAACAUUACAAAUACACAAAGAUUAUUAAUUAGGACAUACUUGAAAUACAUUGAUCGAUACCAAAAUGUUGUCAAUGACAUAUUAUUUUGAUAAACCAAUUCAUUCAUAUAUAUCCAAAAGAGAAUUUUUAUUA